AUGAAUGUCCCUCAAUCUUGUCAGAAAUGGCUGGCCAUCGUCGUCGCUCUGCUGUCGUUCUUGUGCUCAAGAGUGGCGGCUCAGACGAUUGCGCCAUCGAACAACUCGCAGGAUCUUCUUCCAAUCUCAACCUCCCCAAGAUUCACCUUGAAUGGCACAGAAUUCCCCAAUCUUCCCUUGAUAAGGAUGGCGCCACUGGGUCCUUAUGCUCAAAUGUCGCAUGAAGGCUUUGUCCAAGUCAGGGUGGAAGGACAUCUGGUCAAUAUCGAUGCGUCCAACGCCAACGACAUCGCCGACGUGGAUCAGUUUUCCUAUGUUUCAUGCGAUCCAGAGGAUUAUCCAGACAAUUUGUCCGCAAGCGAAGUCUUCCGCAUUGUGGUAAACUCACCUCGGACGAGCAUUGUCAUCAUUUAUAGCGAGACAAGUGACCAUUGCGUUGCCACAGGCCUGGACACGCUGCCGACAAUUGGUGGAAUUUUAACAACCACCAACAGCGCGACGGCGUCCAGUUUGGCGGGCUUGAGUCUCACCCAAGCGAGUCCUGGAGUAGCCACAAUCCUCCCAGACCUGACCUCUUACACCAAUUCCUCUGCCCCUGGCUUCAAUGGAAAUGGUAGUAUCGGGCAAUCGCCGACGACCGCGGUUGCCAUGAUCAUUUUGUACUCCAUUACUGGCAUCAUCACUGCGCUAUUCGUCGUCAUUAUCGUCACUGGAGCCAUACGGGCACACAGACAUCCCGAAAGGUACGGGCCUCGAAAUAUCGCGGGAAGAGGCCGACAGAGUCGCGCAAAGGGCAUUGCACGUGCCAUGCUUGAAACCCUUCCAAUUGUCAAAUUCGGCGAUCAUCAAGACAUCCCCGCCACGAAACCAGCUGAGGGCUCAGACAUCGAGAUGAAUGCCGGAAACGCCCCGGCAGCCCAUCACGACAAUUCAGAGUCGACGAACAAAGCUGUGGCAGGUGAUGCCGUCACUUCAGAGUCCAGCAGCGACCGAGCACCGGCGAUCGUCGCCACCAGUAACCCCGAUGGCACCGAUGCCGAGGGUCAUCUGGGCUGUUCGAUAUGUACCGAAGAUUUCAAGAAGGGAGAGGAAGUGCGUGUGUUGCCUUGUAACCACAAAUUCCAUCCUGAUUGCAUUGACCCAUGGCUUCUCAACGUUAGCGGGACCUGUCCGCUGUGUCGAAUCGACCUGAGACCACAGGCCCAAGAAAUGGAAGGGGAGGAACGGAGAGGUUCCACCGCCACAGCGGACCAUGAUGGCCCAUUCCCACCACCGCUAGCUCCUGCUGGGACCGCCGACGUGAACGGUAGCCCACACAGAGGUGGACGAAGAGAAACGGUGGCCAAUCUCCGUCAUCUCGCUUCGGGGUCUCGAGAUGAGCGCAUCGCGGCGUUGAGGCGGUUGCGACAGGAAACUCUUCGGUCGAAUCGUCCGACAAACGACGAGGAGCGAUCCGGCCUAGCCAGGAGAUUUCGAGAAAGAUUUCGAAUUCACACGGAAAGACGUGGGGCGACGACUGAAUGA